AUGAAAGAAAUUGACGAUGACGCGCUGGAGGAAUGUUUCUUCCGCAUAGCGGUGGGGGAAACUCUUUCAGUAGUCGCCAAUAAAUUUGGUUUGACAACCUCAGGAGUCGCCAGAAGAGUUUCCAAAAUGCUGCGGAUUCUGAAUCACCCUGAUAAUUGCUUGGAGGACGAACCACAACCGUAUUUGCGCUAUCCAGAUUACGGCAUGGGAAUUCCUGAAUGGAUCCGAGAAAAAAGGGACAUCUAUUUGGCCCGCCUGAAAAGACGGCGCGCGUCAAGGAGUCUGGGAGUCGACACACCCAUCCCCACUGAUUGGGUGGUUCCGUUAGGCCAGGCGAGCUACGUCGAGCCAAGGUGGACCCCGGAGCUGGACGCAUUGCUUGGAACCGUUUCUGAUCCGACUCUUGCCAAGCAGCUCAAUUGCAGCAGUGCGACAGUCAGGAAUCGAAGGCUGACGCUGAAGAUCAAUCCUUUCGAUGCUCCCAAAUGGAGUCCUCCGGCGCCUCGGGAUCACAAAAGUAGAGCUUGA